AUGCCGCCACCACAAUCACGAUCAUCAUCAAGAAAAAAUCCGUCUUCAUCUAAUUUAUCUACAAGAUUAAAAUCUUUCUCAAAACAAUUUUUAAAUUUAUCAUUCUAUAAAGAUCUUCUAAUCAAUCCAAAUCGAUCUAUCUAUGUUAUGUUUGGUCUUUUUAUUAUUGAAAUCUUUCUAAAUAUUUUUAUCAUAAAAAGAACUAAUUAUACUGAAAUUGAUUGGAAAGCAUAUAUGCAAGAAGUUGAAGGUGUUGUUAAUGGUACAUUUGAUUACUAUAAAUUAAAAGGUGAUACAGGACCUCUUGUUUAUCCAGCUGGUUUCGUUUAUAUUUAUAUGAUAUUUUAUUAUAUUACGAAUCUUGGUCGUAAUAUUGGUUUGGCACAAUAUCUAUUUGCUGGUCUUUAUUUAAUUAUGAUAUCAGUUAUAUUCUAUAUCUAUAAUCGAAUUGCUAAGGUUCCACCGUAUGCUUAUAUAUUUAUGUGUUUAUUAGCAUAUCGUAUUCAUUCAAUUUUUGUUCUCCGUCUAUUUAAUGAUCCGAUUGCAAUGACAUUUUUAUAUAUUUCAAUUGUUUUUCUACUUCGUCGACAAUGGAGUAUAGCUUGUAUUCUCUAUAGUUUGGCAGUAUCGAUUAAAAUGAAUAUUUUAUUAAUGGCACCAGCACUAUUUAUUAUCCUCCUACUUUCAGUUGGACUUCGUGCAACAUUUCAAUAUAUAUUCUAUUGUGCUUUAUUACAAUUCAUAUUUGCUAUACCAUUUCUUUUAUCAAAUUCUUCUGCUUAUAUUAUUCGUUCAUUUGAUCUUGGCCGUCAAUUUUUCUAUAUAUGGACAGUUAAUUGGCGUUUAAUUCCCGAACAUAUAUUUCUCAAUCGUUAUUUUCAUCUAUGUUUACUAUUAUUACAUAUUCUAGUCUUAUUAUAUGUUUGCCGUUAUCAAUGGUUAAAAAAUAUAACAACAUUUAAAGAACUUUUAAAUUAUCAUAAAAAUUAUAUUCUAUCCGAUGAUGCAAAUGUAACAUUAAUGUUCUAUUCAAAUUUUAUUGGUAUUUGUUUUUGUCGUUCACUUCAUUAUCAAUUCUAUGUUUGGUAUUAUCAUAUGUUAUAUCAUUUAUUAUGGAGUACAAAUUCAAAAAAUAUUGUUAAUCUUUUAAUACUUGGUUUAAUUGAAUGGGCAUGGAAUGUAUAUCCAUCAACAGUUAUGAGUAGUUUAAUUUUACAUAUUUGUCAUGGAUAUAUAUUAUUUAAAUUACUAACAUCACUUGCAAUGAAAUCGAAUACGAAGAAAAUAGAGAAAAAAUCGAAAUAA